AUGGCUUCCAAGAAGACUUCGUUUGAUCGCAAUGCAACUCACCUAGUUCAUCCGACCGUGGAGCAUCUGGAAAGUUCGCAAUACGCAAUUUUUCUUUUUCUUCUUUCUUUUUCCACAUUUUUCUUUCUUUCUUUUCUUUCUUUCUUUUCUUUCUUUCUUUUGUCUACAUUAGUUCUUUCUUUCUUUUAUCUCCCAAUUGGUAUUUCUUUCUUUCUAUCUUGCAUUCAUUUAUAUUUGCUUUGUUUGUUGGUUGAUUGGUUUCUUUCUUUCUUUCUUUCUUUCUUUCUUUCUUUCUUUCUUUCUUUCUUUUGUCUACAUUAUACUUUCUUUCUUUCUUUUUUUCUUUCUUUCUUUCUUUUGUCUGCAUUAGUUUUUCUUUCUUUCUUUCUUUUGUCUACAUUAGUUCUUUCUUUCUUUCUUUCUUUUCUUUUCUUUCUUUCUUUUGUCUACAUUAGUUCUUUCUUUCUUUCUUUCUUUCUUAUUUCUGCAUUAGUAAUUUCUUUCUUUCUUUUUUUCUUUCUUUCUUUCUUUCUUUUUUUCUUUCUUUCUUUCUUUUGUCUGCAUUAUUCUUUCUUUCUUUCUUUCUUUCUUUCUUUCUUUUCUUUCUUUCUUUUGUCUACAUUAGUUCUUUCUUUCUUUCUUUCUUUCUUUCUUUCUUUCUUAUUUUUUCUUUCUUUCUUUCUUUCUUUCGUCUGUAUUAGUUUUUCUUUCUUUCUUUCUUUCUUUCGUCUGCAUUAUUCUUUCUUUCUUUCGUCUGCAUUAGUUUUUCUUUCUUUCUUUCUCUUUUUAAAUGUUUCUUCAAUCGAGUUAUUCCUUUCCUCUAUAUCCUUCAAAAUGACCAAGAUACGAAUGACAGCUGUCUGCUCUUUGAGGAUCUGUAUCUAUACUCUAAGAGUUAUCUUUCUCUAUCACUCUCUCUCUCUCUCUCUCUCUCUCUCUCUCUCUCUCUCUCGCUCUCUCUCCCUUUCUUUGUCAUUCUCACUCACUCACAUUUUCUCCUCAAAUUUUUUUGUAUGUACUUUUUCUUUCUUUCUUUCUUUCAUUCUUUCUUUCUUUCUUUCUUUCUUUCUUUCUUUCUUUCUUUCUUUCUUUCUUUCUUCUAUUCAAAUCUGCUUCUGUUCAUAUUCUAUCUAUCUAUCUAUCUAUCUAUCUAUCUAUCUAUCUAUCUAUCUAUCUAUCUAUCUAUCGCAGCCUCUAUCUAUCUAUCUAUCUAUCUAUCUAUCUAUCUAUCUAUCUAUCUAUCGCAGCCUGUUAAUAUCUUUCUAUCUAUUGCAGCCUAUUAGUAUCUAUCUAUCUAUCUAUCUAUCUAUCUAUCUAUCUAUCUAUCUAUCUAUCUAUCGCAGCCUGUUAAUAUCUAUCUAUCUAUCGCAGCCUUAUCUAUCUAUCUAUCUAUCUAUCUAUCUAUCUAUCUAUCGCAGCCUGUUAAUAUCUUUCUAUCUAUUGCAGCCUAUUAGUAUCUAUCUAUCUAUCUAUCUAUCUAUCUAUCUAUCUAUCCCUGUUAAUAUCUAUCUAUCUAUCUAUCUAUCUAUCUAUCUAUCUAUCUAUCUAUCUAUCGCAGCCUGUUAA